GGGUACCCAACGGGGGAAGUACUCGUCAAAAAUUAACAUCAUUUUAGACUGACAAUUUUUCAAAAAUUAAACAACACUUCUAGUAGCCAAUUUUUUUUACUUUUUAAGGGUUGGUUUGCAACUCUUUUUAAAAAAAGCACUUCUCAGCUUUUGGCUUUAAAAAAACACUUAUUUUUCCAAACACUACAACUUUUAUUUUUCUCGGCUUUCGCGUCAAAAGUGCUUUUACUUUUUCUAUUACACAAAAAGCACUUAUUUUACCAAACAUUACCCACUUUUACUUUUCAAAAUCACUUUUUUCUCAAACACUAUCAACUUUUAUUUAAUCACUUCUCCCCAUUUCAUUAAAAAAGGCACUUUUUUAAAAGCAGAAGUUGUUGCAAACAGACCCUAAGUGUCAAUGUAAUCUUACAUCCCAUUUCAAAUCUAGAACACAUUAUACACGUCCUAAUUUAGUCAUUUUUAUCAAACUCUAAAUUAGCAUUGAUUAGCUCUAUAAUAUUUUCUUAAACCCUGCAUUCAAUCAAUCAUGGUCAUUUGAUGGCAUCUAGGACGGCAUAUGAUCACAAAAUUUUAAGAGCCCUAACUACAAUCAUAAAGAUGACAUUCAAAAGAAAAGAAUUAAUGCAUUGUAAUAGUAAAGGAAAAAAACUUUCGCAUCGUGCCUAGGGCGUUUAAGCUAAUAUCACUUUAUAACUUUCCCAAAUUCAUUUUACUUUAUCCCUAAACAAAUCAUUUUACUUUAUGAUUUUGAUAAGCAAUUUUACAAGAUAGCUUAGUUAUUAAACAAGAAUUAGAUAGACCAAUUAGGCACAAUCCAUUAGAUAGGAAACCACUAAACCCACCGGGCCACCAUGCUAUUUUAAUUACUUUGUAUUAGUAUUACUAUUAUUAUUAGUAUUAUUAUUGAGAUUAUUAUUAUUAUUAAUUAUUACGGGGGACGGGGCGGGGACGGUGCGGGGGGUGCAUAACCCAUCACCCGCCCCAUAUUUAUGCGGGGAGAAAAUAUCUCCCCCACCCCACCACCCGCCCCACCCCACCACCCGCCCCAACUCCCCCCCACGGGGCGGUUCCCCACGGGCCCCCGCCCCCAUUGCCAUCCUUAGUUAGUGGCAUGGGAAUAACUUUGAUUAAUAAAAAAGGCAAGGCUGAAAUGAUUUCAUGAGUAACCUGCUACUAAAAAAUUAGUUGCAUGUUAAGAAAUAGGCCUGUCCAGUUAAAAACUGAUUAGCAAAUAUAUGAAUACAAACUCUCUGCAGAAGCAUUAUAAAAAUCAUUUUACUAACAUGCGUACAGAUCAAGGAACACGAUGAAAAUGAGCUGAAGAGAUCAAGUCCAACAUUCUAAAUAUAAAAAAAAUCGGUAGAUUUGUAGAGUAUGGGUCAAUAUAUAUAGAAGCAUAUGCACAGGAUUUGGAUAUAAUGGAAUAAUUGGGUUUUCAAACCACACAAAAUUUGGAAUUGCAUUUAGAUGUGAAAAGAAAACCAGGGCAGUAACACUUUAUCAGCAAAUAAAAAAAACGAAGCAACAUUUAGAUAUUAAGUACUUGCCUAGGCAUACAUAAGCAUAACACAAUACCCAAAAAAAUUGAUCAUUAAAAUAUAUUGAAACCAGAGAAAUAUGAAGCAGCACUAACGCUUAUAGGUAUAAAUGCUCAUAUUCUUUGUCACUAUUCAUAAAAUACCUUAAAAUUGGUAAAUGAGCAGCGGAUAAUUGAGAUCUUUCGUCAGAUGUCAAAAUUCGUGGGAGAGUGGACAGAGUUUUCAAGUGUAGGGCUGGUUCGGUAUGGCAUACCGAAAAUUUUGUGCCAUACUGUAUACCAUACCGAAAUACUGGUAUAUGAAAAUGACAUACCGUUGCCGUACCGAAACUUCGGUAUACCGAUGUUUCGGUAUACCGAAAUUUUGGUAAGCCCAAAUGACAUACCGAAUAUUCGGUAUACCGAAAUUCAAGCAAAGUAUUGAUAUACAGAAAAUCUAAUAACUUGCCAAAGUAAAAUCUCACAUAAAUUCAAAAAUUAUUAACAAAAACAUGCAAUAAAUACCAAUAAUAACUAAUGUAUAACUACUGAUUAACUGAAUGCUCAAUUUUUAAACACAAAAUAUUAUAAACUUAUAAUCAUUUAUUCAAGAAUCAUGGGCUUCAAGAGAAUCAAGGCUAUGCAAAUUUAAAAUGUCAAAGCACAUUGAUUCCGACAUAAAGUACAUAUUUAAAUGCAAUUAUAGCAUAGAAUUCAUUAAAGCAAUAUAGAUGAAGCAGCCCGAAAUCGACAUGAUCACUGAACUUGUGGCUAUCAUUUGAUCACUCCUUAAGAUGUGAAAAGAGAAAGAAAAGGGUGGAAAAACAAUUCAUGGAGAAUGAACAAAGACUCACUUAUAUAUAGUCAUCAAAACUGAUCAUAGAACCGGUGAAACUUUUCUGGGGAAAGCAUAGAUUUACAUAUAUCACUCAAGAGGGGUGAAAAAACUUUGAAUUCUAUAAUUCUGGAGGGGAGCAAAAACUUUGUUAAUUCUGGAGCUCUUUCUGCAAGAUCUUUGUGACAGGAAAUAUGACAUUACACUUAGAGGGGAGUAAAAACUUUGAAUUCAUUCAAUUUGAAACAAUUUGUACAAACUUUUAAUCCUUUAAAUUCCGGAGUGUUGGAGUUGCUCCUUAGAUCCAAUUCUUUUGACCACCCGCAAGCCAGGACAUUAUCAUCGCUCCUUAAAUCCAACACUCCGGAAUUUAAAGGAUUAAAAGUUUGUACAAAUUGUUUCAAAUUGAAUGAAUUCAUAGUUUUUACUCCCCUCUAAGUGUAAUGUCAUAUUUCCAGUCACAAAGAUCUUGCAGAAAGAGCUCCAGAAUUAACAAAGUUUUUGCUCCCCUCCAGAAUUAUAGAAUUCAAAGUUUUUUCACCCCUCUUGAGUGAUAUAUGUAAAUCUAUGCUUUCCCCAGAAAAGUUUCACCGGUUCUAUGCUCAGUUUUGAUGACUAUAUAUAAGUGAGUCUUUGUUCAUUCUCCAUGAAUUGGGCUAAUGCAUAUAAUGUUGUUUAAGAGAACACUUUGGUUUGAUUGUGUAUAUAUGAUACACGUAAGUAAUACAAGUGAAAAGCUUCACUAUAUGUUAAAUUCCGUGUGUAAUAUGGUACAUCAUGUAUUCAGUUUAUUUUAUUUUCUCCUUUUCACCUAAUAGUCAGAUUAGGGUUUUUAUCUUUAUGGGCCUUGUACGUGUAUAAAUACUCUUUUACUUGUUAAUGAGAAAAGAAGAACUUCCCCAUUUUUGCUCUCAUGGUAUCAGAGCCAAAAAAUACAAACCCUAAACACCUAUAGGAUUUUCGCCAAUUCUCAUGGCCGAUCCAAACUUUGACAAUACCAGUUCUACUGGAAACUCCUCUCGGUCUGGUGGAAUGACCCCAGCCGACAAUGCUCAAUCCCAUUCCAUUAAUUCAAUUACUUCUCAUAAAUUGAAUGGAAGUAAUUUCAUGGAGUGGUCACAAUCGGUCAAACUCUUCAUUCAAGGGAGAGGUAAAUUUGGCUAUUUAUCUGGAACCACGAUCAGACCAGACCCUACGAAGGAUCCCGUCAACUACAACACUUGGGAGGCUGAAAACGCGAUGAUAAUGUCCUGGCUUGUGAAUUCCAUGGAUACAGGUCUAGGAAGAACUUAUCUCUUCCUUCCCACAGCGAAUGACAUCUGGAUGGCAGUGAGGGAGACAUACUCAGACCUCGGCAAUUCUGGCCAACUCUAUGAUAUCAAAACCCAAUUGAGUAAGGCUAGGCAAGGCGAGAAGUCCGUGACAAAGUACUACACCGACCUCCAGAUGCUUUGGCAGGAGAUGGACCUCUACUGUGAUUACAAGUGGAGCUGCUCAAGAGAUAGCGCCUUGUACCAGAAGAUUGUCGAGAAAGGGAGAGUAUUUGACUUUCUAGUUGGCUUGAAUGCAGAUCUUGAUGAAGUCAGAGGCAGAAUUCUUGGCCAAGAUCCACUUCCAAGCACACGUGAGGUUUUUUCAGAAGUCCGGAGAGAAGAAAGCCGCCGUCAAGUCAUGUUGGGACCCGGGGUUAGUGAUGCUGCACCAACACGUCCAGAGAUGAGUGCUAUGGUGACUUCCAAACCUGAUUUCAACAACCGGUUCCCAAAGAAAUCUGACCGGCCAACCUGUGAACACUGCAACAAGGUUGGACACAUCAAAGCUAAGUGCUGGAAACUCCAUGGCAAGCCAGCUGAUCUCCCACGACCCUUCGACGACAACAAAAGUGCUCUUCAAGUCUCCCAGCCGACACCAAGCAGCCCCAGAGCUUCACCAUCGACUCCAGAACAGUCUUUCUUCUCUAAAGACAAUUUAGAGCAAUUGUUCAAGCUAUGGACCACUCAUCAGUCAUCAUCAUCCCUAGCACUGAAAGGACCUAUGCUCGGGGAAGAUGAUUGGCA